UAGCAACCAAAAAGUAACAGCAAGUUGAAGAAGUCAAGAUGGCGUCCAGCAAGACUUCUUCGAGUUUCUACAAUAUGCCGCAUAGAAGUGGCACUUACAUGGCGAAUCAUGGUGCCAGUGCUACUUCAGAAGUUACACCAGAUCUCCAUUUGAAAAUGUCUAAGAAGAUCGCCCAGCUUACUAAAGUCAUUUAUGCUCUGAAUACCAAAAACGACGAGCAUGAUGCAUUCGUGGAGAGUUUAAAAAUGUCACACGAAGAAGAAUUACAGCAGUUGAUUGCUGAGACCAAGGGUAAAAUUGAUUCUUUCAAAGAACGACUAGGAGUUGUUAGCGAACAGAAGCAUAAGAUAGAAGUACUUGAGUCGAUAGUUUCCAAGGAAAGAUUGCAAAAAGAAGAAGCGCUAAGUGGAUUUGAAAAUAUGAAACGACAGUAUGAGGAGAAACAGUCUCUCUUUCAACGGGAAUAUUCUGAUAAAAUGUUAUCAAUGUGCAAAGAAAUGUUAUCCUCAAAGAAGGAGUUUGAAGAUCGCUUAAAGGAUUUUCAAGCAAUGCGUCGAAAAUUGGAAGAAGAUAGGGAUAAAAUGGUCGAGGAUUUGAGUAGUAAACAUCAUGAAGAAUUAGACCAGCUAAUGAAAGCACAUAGAGUGCGAUACGAUGAAGUCGUACGAGAAAAGCAAAAGCUUGAACAGGAAAGCAAAGAACGGGAAGCUAUGAUUAAGGAGCACCUCGAUUCUUCUGUAUCCCUUGCUAGUGAUGAAAGAAAGAAACUUGAAAAGGAGUACCAAGAAAAAGUUGAAAAAUUGAAAAUAUUUUAUGAGAAAGAACUCGAAGCAUUACGAGCCGCUCAAGCACAAUCUAAUGAAUCAAACUCUAAAACUUUAGAAGAAAGAGAAAAGCAACUUAAGGCAGAGUGGAAUCGCCAAGAGAGACUUCUGAAAGAGAGAAUUUCGGACCUCUUAAAUAGGCAAAGUGAUAGUGAACAUGAAAUAACUCAGUUAAGAAAUCAAAUUGGUGAACUGAAGAGUCUCACUGACGGUACAAAUGAUGCCGUAGAAAGACUUUCUUUGCAGUUAAAGGAAUCAAAACAAGAAACUUCUUCUGCUCUGAGUGAUGUUAGGGAACUUCAAAAUGAGCUUAUGAUAUACAGAAAGAGAAGCGAAGAGAAAACAGCUGAGAUUGCAAGGCAAUCAACUGCUAUUGGCAAGCUAGAAGCCAAUAAACUUUCACAAGAAACCAAUAUCCGAAGUCUGAAAUCCAACAUCAAUGAACUAAACAAUAAUCUGAGUAAACUGCAAUCAAGUUAUGAAGAGUUAGAACAGCAGUAUAAAUCUCACUUCCUGGAAUCUGGUGAACACGUAGAAUCUCUCAAUAAUGAAAUCAAAAAAUUAGCCAAUGGAAAGCAAGAAAUUGAAAUGAAAUAUCUUAAAGAGUUAAACAAUUCGAAGGACACUGCGUCUGAAAGAGAAAACAGCCUUAGAAAAGAACUAGAGGAAACUACAUCAAGGCUUGAAGCUAAACAUAAAAAUGACAUGGAAAAACUUCACCAUGAAAUGAAGGACAAAUUAAUGGAUUUAGAAAAAGAACUAAAGGAAAAAUCCCAAGUUGAAAGAGAUAGCAUAAUCAAAGAGAAAACUUUAGUAAUAACAAAACUUGAGAAAGAGUGUCUGGAAUUAAAGAAAAGCAAUGAAAAUGUUGAGAAUGAAUGCAAAAGGCUGUUAAAUAUGGUACAAGAGAGUGAAAAAGGUCUUGGUUCUGCUUCAUCUAAUCUUGAAAGCUUGAAAAAAAUGUUGAAAGAUACUUCAGAGGCCUGGGAAGGCACUAAACAAGAGCUUGAGGAAGUUACAAACAACUCAACGAUACUGAAAACUGAAUUAAUCAACCUUCAAAAGAAGUAUGAGGAAUCCAAAGUGGAAGCUCAGAGUAAAUUACAGACUAGUUUGCAGACCUUGACUCAAGAACUUGAUGAUAAGUGGAAUAAAAAACUAAGGGAUGAGAACAGCAGACUGAGAUCAGAAUUAAAUGACCAACAUAGUAAAGAAAACAGAGCUGCAUUAGAGGAGUUGACAAGGAUCAAAGAAAUGGAAAGGGAAGAGAUGAGAAAAGAUCUUGAGAGUAGAAUGGAAAUACUCAGGAAAACAGUAAAAGAACUGGAAAGUGAAAAAGAUAUCUUAAUUCAAAAUUCCAGUGAUGUGAUAAAAGAUUUGCAAGACAGCUUGGAAAAACGAAAAGCAAAUGCAUCAAGUAUAGAACACCAGUUACGAGAUGACCUGGAGAAACAGAGAAGGAAACAUGAGGAAGAAAUGGCAAGAUUGUCUUUAAAUCUUAAUAACAAAAUCAAGGAAAUUGGAGAAUUCCAUGAGGGAGAGAUGAACACAUUAAAGGAGCUUGGAGAACAAAAGUUACAGGAUUUAGAGAAAUGUUUACAGGCAAAAUACCAAGAUGAUUUGGCUUCUAAUUUACAAGCAAACAAGGUUGCUCUUGAUGCCAUGAAGUCUCAGGCAGAGCUUGCAAGGAAAAAACAAAUUGAUGAACUGCUGGCAAAACAGGAAGAUGAAAAAGAGUCAUUAAGAAAUGAGCUUCUUAGAAAGCAACAGGAAGACAUGCAACAGCUGAACAAAGAGUUUGAGAGCCAGAUGAUGGCUUUAAAAUUACAACUGCAGCGAACCAAUGAAAUUAUGACCAGACAGGAAGCUGAGCAUCAAACUAAAGUAGAUGAUAUCACGCAUGAACUAGGACUGAAAGACUCACAGCUCCAAGAGCUGGAUGGCGAAAUAUCUGUGCUAAGGAAUAAUGUGGCUAAGCUUGAAGAGGAGCUACAGUCUAAAGGUCAAGAGAUACUAGCUAUAAGAAGAGAAGCCAACUCACAAAUCAGGAAGCGUGAGGAACGUUUGGGAAGGCUUCACCAACAAGAAAUUGAUUCACUAACAUCAGAGCAUUUGUCAGAAACAAAAGGACUUGUCGAUGAAUUUAAUCGAGCAAAAGAACUCCAGAAUAGCAAAAUAUCUGCACUACAAUUGAUGUUGGAGGAAGCUGAAAUUCGUUUCAAGAACAGAGAAUCAAGGCCUGAGGAUGUAGAAAUGCUAGAUACAUUAAAGAGGGCACUUGCUGAUAGAGAACUAGAGAUGAGGAAAUUAGUGGAGGAGAAAAGAUAUUUCCAAAUGGAGCUCCUCAACAGGGAAACCAACUUUAACAAAGUGUUCAGUACUUCACCUAAUGUUGGUGUUAUCAACCCAUUAAACUCCAAGACAAAAUUAACACCAAAAAGCAAAACCGUCUCGAAAAACAAUGGCUUGUUCAUGAGUACAUCGUCAAGACUGGAUCCCAUACCGAACAUGCAAGUACAUGAAAAGAGACUAAAUAACACAAAACCCCUACCUCCAACCCCUCCUAAAGACCCUCCACCACAUUCUAGAACUGUGGUAUACUAAAUGUAUAGAAAAAAAUAGAAUAAUGUGCACUUCCAGGUAAAAUUUAUCUUGGAAAAUAAUUUAAAAUAUUUGUGUGACUUCAUGGCUAGAGAUUUUAAUACUCUAAGUUGGGUGGGAGGGUGGUUAAAGCAAAAACAUGCUAAUCUAAGAUUGUCAUUAAAUAAUUUAUUAUAUUACUUUAAUAAAGUAAGGCAUCCAUGUUUUAUAGAUGGAGAGAGGGGAAAAGAUUUAAUUUUCUGGAAGUGCACACUUUAUUAAAGUCUUUAUAAAUGUGUAUAUAGCAUGACUGUAUUAUAAUAUUGUGUUGGGAAAUACUUUUUAAGAUGUACGAAAACUAUAUAAAUAGGUAAAUAUGACUUGUAAAUAGUUCUGAGGCCACUUGUUUGUAACAAAAAACAAAUAUAUCUAUAGCAUCAAUUAUGGUACUCAAUGAGUAUGCUAAAAAUCACAAUUUAUUUGAGAUGAAGUUAAAACAGUAUUUUUGAGAAAUAAAAACUUAUCAAACUAGACAACUUGAUCUACGUGUAACUUUUUUCUCAUUCAUAGUUUAUCGAAACAUGAUGAUGACACUCAUCAAUCCAUAAAAAAGUUACAACAGGGAACAGUGGAAAUUGCUCUUAUCAUUAACUGGAUAGGAGCUAAAUUAUUCCCAGUUUUAAUUUUACCAUUAUAGAGUGCACACACUAAACUCAUGAAUAAUAUUUAGUACUAAUAARUAGUAGAGUGCACGCGCUAAACCCGUGAAACAUAUUCAGUACU